AUGAAGCUCAUAGUGGUUGGAGCUACAGGUUUAGUGGGAAGUGAGAUAAUCAGACAAAGCUUGGAGAUCGACGAUAUCACAGAAGUUAUUGCUUUGGCUCGAAAAUUUGUACAAGUCGAGAAGAACAGUCCUUCUUCUAAGUUGACGAACGUGAUCGUUCGUGACUAUGCCGAGUAUCCAGAGGAUGUCAAGGCUAAGUUAUCUGGCGCAGACGCAUGUAUUUGGACUGUGGCGAUAACUCCUUUCCGCGCAAGCAACUUUCCUUUCGCGGAGGUCAAACGUGUAUGCCAGGACUGCACUCUCGCUGGAUUCAAGGCAAUUUACGAAGCUGGACCUAAAAUUCCAUUUCGGUUUGUAUACUUCAGUGCCGAGGGUACUCCUCGGGAUCCAUCACACAGGCCAAUGUUCAUGGGGGACUAUCAAGUCAUGCGUUCUCAUACGGAAAACAUGGUGAUUGGAUUUCCAGGUCAAUACCCAGGGACUCAGAUCUGCAUUGCUCAGCCAGGAGUUGUGAUAAACUCAACAACCUGGUCCAGGGCUACUCUGGCCUUCUUGCUUCGUGGAGUUAACUUGUUUACGAGAAAAAUUCCAAAUGUGGAUCGAAGUGAGCUUUCAGCUGCGGUACUACAUCAGGCUGUUCAUGGGGUUGAGAGAGAGACUUUGUUGAAUGCAGACUUGGUUCGUCUCGGACAGCUCGCAUUGAAAGCAAGGGGGUAUUUAUAA